GAGCGACUCCAUUCUAGUCACUACCCACGGUGAAACGUCAUCGAAGCUUGUUUGUGCCAGGGCUGCAGAGCGAGCGGCGGCCGGGCCUGGGCUCCCGACACCCGCGCUCCCUCUUCUGUUCCUCCGUCUGCCUUAGCGAAGGCCAUGUCAACCCCGGCCAGGAGGAGGCUUAUGAGGGACUUCAAGAGGCUACAAGAAGAUCCCCCUGUUGGAGUCAGUGGUGCGCCGUCUGAGAACAAUAUUAUGGUCUGGAACGCAGUCAUAUUUGGGCCUGAAGGAACUCCAUUCGAGGAUGGUACAUUUAAACUUGUGAUAGAAUUUUCUGAAGAAUAUCCAAAUAAACCUCCAACUGUUAGAUUUGUCAGCAAAAUGUUUCAUCCGAACGUUUAUGCUGAUGGCAGCAUAUGUUUAGACAUCCUUCAGAACCGCUGGAGUCCAACUUAUGAUGUCUCUUCCAUAUUAACAUCAAUUCAGUCUCUACUUGAUGAACCAAAUCCAAACAGCCCUGCGAACAGCCAAGCAGCACAACUUUAUCAGGAAAAUAAACGUGAAUAUGAAAAGAGGGUAUCUGCUAUUGUUGAGCAAAGUUGGAACGAUUCCUAAGCUUCUCUCUGACACUUCUCUAUGUACAUCUUAACAUCCUAAGAGACAGGAUUGAGAAUUACCAAUGCCUCAUGGUUCAAAGAAUUGCAGUUGAUGGCAGACUUGGUUCUCUCACCCCAUUAUACUCCUGUUUGGAAAGUGUAAAAGCUUGUGUAUCUUAGUGUAUUUUUUAUUGCAUGUUGUGCAUGGUUUGAGAAUAAGUUAUUGCUACAUUUGUAAUAUAUCCUGUUUGUAUUACCCCUACUGGAUAAUGUUGGCAUGGAGUUUUCAUGCAAAUACACAUUUUGUAAAUCCGUACACAUUUUCUUUUCUCGAAGAAAUUUGAAUGCUUCAGUUUGACUUUUUUUUUUUUAAAGAAGGAGAGCACUUGCAGAUUUGUUUUCUUUAUUUUCUUUUUUUUUAAACAUUUUAAGGUAAGCUGUUAAACUGUUCACAAUAGAGUUGAAUAAUUCAACUAUU